AUGGCCACCACCGAUCUUACCGUGGAGAAGACGGCCUCCGGCCGCGAGUACAAGGUCAAGGACAUGUCUUUGGCUGAUUUCGGCCGCAUGGAGCUCGAUCUCGCUGAGGUCGAGAUGCCUGGCCUCGUCGCCUGCCGCGAGGAGUUCGGCCCUUCCCAGCCAUUCAAGGGAGCUAAGAUCAGUGGAUCCCUCCACAUGACGGUUCAGACUGCCGUCCUCGUCGAGACCCUCACUGCGCUCGGCGCGGAGGUGAGAUGGUGCUCGUGCAACAUCUUCUCCACCCAGGACCACGCUGCUGCCGUCAUUGCCCGCGAUUCAGCCGCCGUGUUCGCCUGGAAGGGCGAGACCCUGCUGGAGUACUGGUGGUGCACUGAGCGCUGCCUCGACUGGGGCGUCGGCAGCGGCCCCGAUCUCAUCGUUGACGACGGUGGCGACGCCACUCUCCUGAUCCACGAGGGUGUGAAGGCCGAGAUCGAGUUCGAGAAGUCGGGCGCCGUCCCCGACCCCGAGUCGACGACGAACCCCGAGUUCCAGAUCGUGCUCACCAUCAUCCGCGACUCGCUCAAGGAGACGCCGACCAAGUACCGCGACAUGGCGAAGCGCAUCAUGGGUGUGUCAGAGGAGACCACCACCGGCGUCAAGAGGCUGUACCAGAUGCAGAUCAACGGCUCGCUGCUCUUCCCCGCCAUCAACGUCAACGACUCCGUCACCAAGAGCAAGUUCGACAACCUGUACGGUUGCCGUCACUCCCUGCCCGACGGUCUCAUGAGGGCUACUGACGUCAUGAUCGCCGGCAAGACCGCUCUCGUGUGCGGAUACGGUGACGUCGGCAAGGGCUGCGCUGCUGCUCUCAAGGCCGCUGGUGCCCGCGUUACAGUCACGGAGGUCGACCCCAUCUGCGCUCUCCAGGCGGCUAUGGAGGGUUUCGCCGUGAACACCCUAGCGAACGUGGUUGGCGACACUGACAUCUUCGUUACCACCACUGGUAACAAGGACAUCAUCAUGGUCGAUGACAUGGUGAAGAUGAAGAACAACGCCAUUGUGUGCAACAUCGGUCACUUCGACAAUGAAAUCGACAUGGCCGGCCUGGAGAGCUACCCUGGUGCCAAGAAGGUGACCGUCAAGCCCCAGACGGACCGCUGGGUGUUCCCUGAGACCAACCGUGGCAUCAUCAUUCUGGCUGAGGGCCGCCUGAUGAACCUGGGAUGCGCCACGGGCCACCCCAGCUUCGUAAUGUCGUGCUCGUUCACGAACCAGGUGAUUGCCCAGAUUGAGCUGUGGAAGGAGAAGGACUCGGGCAAGUACAAGAAGGAGGUGUACGUGCUGCCCAAGCACCUGGAUGAGAAGGUUGCUGCCCUGCACUUGCCCAAGCUGGGAGCUGUGAUGACCAAGCUGAGCCCUGCUCAGGCUGAGUACAUCAAUGUUCCUGUGGAGGGCCCUUACAAGCCUGCCCACUACAGAGUGGUAGCGGGCGGGCCCGGGCUGGCGGGGGAGCAGGAUCAGGGGCAGCAGGGAUCGUCGGACGACUUUCCGCCGGUGCCGUCGGGUCGGAUGAUGGUGCCGAUGAUGAAGAAAGGCUACGGCGCUUUCGGCGGCGGCGGUGCCACGCUCGAGAAGUCCAAGCUCGACCUCUCGUUCUCGGCCACCAAGACCACCCCACAGAUUGACCUGGGCGGUGGAGGCGGUAACGUCGGUAAGGGUGGAGCGCACGGCGGAGGCGACGGCGGCGACGAUGGCGGCGACGAUGACGACUACUUCGGCGAGGACGACGGCGACGAUGGCGACGACGACGGUUUCAUUCGUCGAGCGAUCAUCUCCGAGGUGUUCGACAGGGCGUCGGUCGAGGCAGUGUUGCAGGAGUGGUUCCGAUCCAUGGCGGACCUUCCCGCCGGCAUCAGACGAGCCGUUGAAAUGGGUCUGGUGAGCUCGGCGCAGAUCGCGCGAUUCAUGUCGAUUGACGCGCGCCCCACCAUCGCACGCAUCGUCUCCCGCGCUACCCCCGCCGAGGUCUCGCGCGCAUUCGUCGGCCGCAUGAUGGCGGAUCCGGCGUUCAUCUACAAGCUGCUGCUGGAGCAGGCCGUCACGGUCGGCACGUCCGCGUGGUGGGAGGUCAAGCAACGCGGCGACAGAUUGAAGGACGAGUGGGGCCUGGCUCUCACGAACGUGCUGACUCUCUCCCUGUGCAACGCGGCGGUGGUGUGGUCUCUCUCCCCCACGCGCUCCUACGGCUCCACGGCCACGUCGGAGUGGCAGAUGGCGCUGCAGAAGCUGCCAAACAACAUGUUCGACAAGAGCUACCCGCUGCGCGAGUUCAACCUGCCCGCCCGCGCCGGCAGCUUCUUUUUCAAUGCUGCCAAGCUCAGCCUCGUGGGAUCCACGGUCGGCGCCCUGGGGGGCCUUGCCUCCAACGCCAUUCUCUCAGCCGUUUCCAAGGGCAAGGAGGGCUUCCGGCCGUCAGUGGUCGUGCCGUCAGCGAGCACGAGUGCAGCGGCGUAUGGGGCGCACACAGGGCUGUCAGGCAACCUGCGCUACCAGCUGCUGUACGGACUCGACCGCAUGUUGCAGCAGCACUUCAACCACAUCCCCGUUGCUGUCCUCGGCACCACCGCGCUAAGGUGUGGCAAUGUUCUAUUGGGCGAGCCGUCUCGUCUGAUGUGGCUGGGGAUGGACGGCGAGGCGCAGCAACAGGCCAAGGCAGAGCAGCAGGCGUACCACCGCCCGUCGCGCUCCUCCGGUGCCGGCUCCAAGACUAACUCGUUCCUGCAAUCACUGCCCUUCGGCAAGAAAUCAGAGGAAGCACAGCCCAAGAAAAAGAGUGCUGCUAGGAGAGUGACCAAGGCUGCGGCUGCAGGAGGGGCGGAGAGUGGGGCAGAUGGGGGUGCAGUAAGUUCAGAGGGGCCGGAGAAGGUGCAAGGAACGGGUGGUGCAGCUCGCACGACAAAGCGUAAGGUGAAGCGGAAGGUGUCAGUUGCUCAGUAG